GUUGAUAAAAACGUAAACAAUGUCGCUUGUCGCUGAUUAUAGCGAUUCAUCUAAAUCUGACGCAGAAAGCAGCAGCAAUGAGUCCGAAAAAGAACAAACAAACAAGUCAGAAAGCCCGCCUCCUGCACAGAAACACCCAAAGUUGCCAAGUGCGAGCGCUGCGCUGGACAAUGCGGCAGCCAAACGGACCGGUGAUGUAUUCAGCAAUCCAUUUCUGGAGGCGGAACUGCAUAAAACGGCUUCCUUGGAGCGGCACGUCAAAAUGGUGAACAACGAUGCACAUUUACAGCUCAAAAAUGGCCGCAAAAUAUGCUGGAAUUAUAGAAAAGGACGCUGCCGUUUUGGCACCAGCUGCCAGUAUGCACACGACUCGGAUUUAAGCGUGGAAGCCUUAGCUGGUAAUGAGACAAAAGUGGAGACAGUAGCGCCUACAUUUACGCCGCAAUCAUCGAGUGGCAACAAUAAACGCAAGCGGCCCGGUCUGAGCGACGGCAUAGAACCUGGCAAACGCGUGAUGAAAUCUUACCAGCAACAACACCUGGCCACUGGAGCACGUCGUCCGCCCAACUAAGUUCAAAUGACGCCGGCGUCUGUGAUGCGCAACAAGCAGCUGCCGUCGCUAAUGCCGAAGUUAUUAUUAAGCACCUUGAGCAGCCGCAGCCCGUCGCCGUCGCAGUGGGACUCAUCCGGCAGCUCCAGGACCAAAGUCAGCGUGCAGACCGAGCACCAAUAGUCACCCAAGAAGCUGCAGUCCUCUUGUGCAUCUGUGCUUUUUUGGGUCGAACCCCCUUCGUUGUCUACAUCCUCAUCCUCGCCCAUGUCGUUGGCUGCGAACAAUCACGUAAUAGAUGUACAUAUAUAAAUUUAAACGUUGAAAUAGUCUUGCCUAAGGAAA